AUGUUCUUCUUCCUCCUCAACCUCGCUCUCCUUGACCUGGGCUCCAUCUCCACUACUGUCCCCAAAGCCAUGGCCAAUUCCCUGUGGGGCACCACGGACAUCUCUUACAUAGGAUGUGCUGCACAGAUCUUUCUGCUUUUUUUCCUCCUUGGAGCAGAACUUUCUCUCCUCACCAUCAUGUCCUAUAACCGCUACAUGGCCAUCUGCAAGCCCCUUCACUACGGGACCCUCCUGGGCAGCAGAGCUUGUGUCCACAUGGCAGCAGCUGCCUGGGCCAGUGGGUUCCUCACUGCCCUGCUGCACAAAGCCAAUACAUUUUCCUUGCCCCUCUGCCAGGGCAAUGCCCUGGACCAGUUCUUCUGUGAAGUCCCCCAGAUCCUCAAGCUCUCCUGCUCACACUCCUACCUCAGGGAACUUGGGCUUCUGGUUGUUAGUGGCUGUUUAUCAUUUGGUUGUUUUGUUUUCAUUGCGUUGUCCUACGUGGAGAUCUUCAGGGCGGUGCUGAGGAUGCCCUCGGAGCAGGGACGGCACAAAGCCUUUUCCACCUGCCUCCCUCACCUGGCCGUGGUCUCCCUCUUUGUCAGCACUGGCAUCUUUGCCCACCUUAAGCCCCUCUCAAUCUCCUCCCCGUUGCUGGACCUGGUGGUGUCAGUUCUGUACUCGGUGGUGCCUCCAGCAGUGAACCCCCUCAUCUACAGCCUGAGGAACCAGGAGCUCAAGGAUGGCCUGAGAAAAAUGAUCACUGGAUGCUUUCCAUAA